AUGUCUCAUGCAAUAAAGAUAAGUGAAAUGAGACCAGAAAGUGAAACAUCGGAGCAGAGUUCACAGAAAUUACAAGAAACAUCUCAAGAGACAACUGCAACUGACUUGGAAAAUGUGAUUUUACAGAGAGAUGAGUGGAAAGAUUUUAAGUGUCCAAUUUGUUUGGAUACACUGAAGAACACCUGGAUUACAAAAAACUGUUCACAUCGAUUUUGUAAAGAUUGCAUCGUCACAGCCCUUAGACGUGGCAAAAAGGAAUGUCCUAUCUGCAGGAGAAAAGUAAUUUCCAAACGUUCCCUAGAUCCAGACCCCCAAUUUGAUGCACUUAUCAGCAAAAUAUAUCCUGAUUAUAAUAAGAAGGAAGUUUCUGAAGAGAAUGCAUUAGUAAGGAGGAAAUACAAAACUCAGCAAGCACUUCAUCUCAGCAGUGAAAAGGGAGAGGAGAGAGAUGAGCAGCGAGAAGAUGAACAGAUUGAAACUAAUAUUGGAUGGGAAAGUAACUGUAGCACUUCUCCCUGCUGCAGUAAUAUAUCCAUUGAUGAAGCAGGUCCCAGUAAAAAACGUGUCAAAACAACUUUGGGGUUGAAUCAUGAUACUAAAGGUACAAUAGUGACCAUCAAUGCAGCACACAAUGGUGCAAAUUAA